AUGUGUAAGUGGCCUGGAUCAUUUACAUCAAAUAAUACAUCAAAUAAUACAUCAAAUAAUAAGGUUGAUGUUCCUAAUGUUGGCAUGGUAUUUGGUACAUGGGAUGAGAUUGACGAAUGCUUUGUGAAAUACGGAAAACAAGAGGGUUUUGGUGUUUGUAGGUCAGGUGGUGGUAGUACUACGCAAAAGAAAGAGAAGGUGAAGGUUUUGCGUAAUUAUACGUGGAGAUGUGAGUGUGAAGGUGAACCAGACAUGAAGCGAAUGGUGGAUGGUAAGCGGGUAAUAGUUGGGAAAAAGGGUGUGGACAUAUCUAGUAGGAAGACGAAGAAGUGCAAUUGUCCUGUGAUGAUAUAUGCUAGUGUAAAUGAAGAAGGGUUAUGGGAAAUAAGGAAAGCAAUAUUACAACAUGAAAAUCAUAAUCCUACACCUAGCAAGGUUAGAAACAUAAGCAAAUUUCGACAAGAAGAAGUUAGUUGUGCUGUGCGGAGGAAGUUGUUUAAUGAUAAAGCUGUUGGAGUGAGGAUAUCUCAGAUACACAAAUCCAUUGCUACAGAUAGGAAUGGACUCGAGAAUAUGCUAAUAACUGAGAGGGACUUGCGUAACAUAGUAGCAAAGGAGCGUAGAUUGAAAUUUAAGAACGGAGAUGCUAAUGCCAUGUUGAGUUAUUUUGACAGAAUGACUGAUGAUAACCAACAAUUUUUUCUCAUGCAUCGUUUGGAUGAUGAAGGUCACAUGAAAGAUGUAUUGUGGGUUGAUGCGAGAAGUCGUGCAGCGUAUGAGUAUUUUGGGGACGUUUUAUGUUUUGACGCUACUUACCUUACCAAUGAUUAUGCACUUCCUUUUGCUAAUUUUGUGGGAGUAAAUCACCAUGGUCAGAGUAUAUUACUAGGAUGUGCUUUAAUAUCUCACGAGGAUGCUGAAAGUUAUACUUGGGUUUUUAGUACUUGGGUGAAGUGUAUGGGGGGUAAAGCGCCUAAUUGUUUUCUUACUGAUCAAGAUGCUGCGAUGAGGAAGGCGUUGGUGAAUGCUAUGUCCGACACUUGGCACCGUUGGUGUUUAUGGUACAUUCUUAUGAAGUUUGGUAAGAAGCUAGGUAAGUACGCGCUUUAUAAGGAGUUCAAAAUGGUACUUCUUGAUGCCAUAUAUGACAGUGUGUCAGGUGAAGAAUUUGAAGUUCAAUGGUGUGGUGCAAUAUCAAAAUACGGACUCGGGGAAGAUAAGUGGCUUGAAGGUUUGUAUAAAGAGAGGAUGAUGUGGGCUCCGGCAUAUAUGAAACACAUAUUUUGGGCUGGUAUGAAGACGACGCAACGUUCUGAAAGUAUUAAUAGUUUUUUUGACGGUUAUGUGCAUAAGAAUACGAAGCUGUGUGAUUUUGUGGAACAAUACUGCAAUGCUAUGGAGAGUAGGGCAAAUUCUGAGAAAGUAGCAGACGCAAAUAGUAGUAGGUACGUAAGACAACUUGCUACUGAUUGUAAAGCGGAGGUUGUGUUCCAAAAACUAUACACAGAUGGUAAGUUUAAGGAAGUGCAAGCGGAGUGUCUUAAAAUGUUGUAUGUCCGUUGGAGAGGGGUUCAAAAAUUAACACACAAUAUAGAGGAGCACACAUUUGCAGAUAGAAUAUGGCUGGGUUAUAUGCAAGGAUACUAA